AUCACGACAAGUAUUGCAAGUUGAGAUCCCCAUACUACUAUAAAGCUUGAAGCCCCAUGCCGUGUUGUUUACCAAACGAUCAGAGCUAGAUCUGAGUUUCUUCUUGUUAAUUCCAUCGAGCCAGGAGCUUUUCUGUUGCAUACUUGAGUUUCUUAAAUGGAGUUCUGCCUCUCACACAUAAUUGUUUUUCUCACCCUCACACUGUUGGCGAGGGCAAGCUGUGCUGCUGCUGCCAGAGACCCAACGCAAAGAAGUUUCUUCUUGGAGAAAGAAAUGCAACCCGGCACAACCAUGAAAUAUAGCUUAGGUAGAAAUAUAAAUGGGGGAUGCUUCCUGCCCCGAAAAAUUGCUCAAUCGAUCCCCUUCUCUUCCGCAAAACUGCCAGAAGUUGUCAACAAAUUUUCUAUGGAGCCAACGUCCGUGGAAGCCGCUGUAAUUCAGGAAACCAUUCAAGAUUGUGAAAGUGGAACCCUUAAUGGAGAGGACAGAUAUUGCGCCACCUCCUUGGAGUCAAUGGCUGACUUCGCCAUGUCCAAGCUGGGAAGAAACGUUCAAGCAUUCUCGACAGAGGUCGAAAAGGGAGCCACCCUGCAGAAGUACACAGUAAAGCCUGGCAUGAAGAAGGUGAACGAUGGUGGCAAUUUCAUUUUGUGUCACAAGCUGACCAACGCGAAUGCUGUCUUCUUUUGCCACACAUUUGGACAAACUAGGGCUUAUGUGGUGCCUCUAAAAGGUGCUGACAGGACGACCGCUAGCGCAGUAGCAAUCUGCCACCUGGACACAUCUGCAUGGAACCCCAAGAAUCAUCCCUUACAAGAGGUCAAAGUUAAGCCAGGAACCGUCCCUGUGUGCCAUUAUCUUCCCCAGGGUCAUAUUGCUUGGGUUCCAAAAUAGAAAGAAAUGUCCCCUUAGCCUUUGUGGUUCUAAAUGUAAAAGAAUCCCAUAAGAGGGCUAGCUACUUGUAUGCGCUCAAAUAUAAAUAAGAAGCAAUAAGAAUGCCCUAAGAAUAUGGGGUUGUUUUCC